GACAUCACUCCGGGUAGGCCGAGACGCGGGGGCGUUUCCGGCGGAGGUGGCGGCUGCUUCUGUGUCUGUGGCGGUGGGCGUGAAGCCCCUCGGUGGGGUUUUGGCGAGCGAGGUCGUCUUGGUGUGCUGUGCAGCGCAGGCGGGGGCAGGCGGCGGGGAGUGAUUCACAUCUGAGACAUGGCUAUGGAUUGGCUAGGCAGUAUUGUGUCCAUCAACUGUGGAGAUAGCCUGGGCGUCUACCAGGGAAGAGUAUCAGCAGUGGAUCAGGUCAGCCAGACCAUUUCUCUUACUCGGCCCUUCCACAAUGGGGUGAAGUGUCUUGUACCAGAAGUCACCUUUCGGGCAGGUGAUAUUACAGAAUUAAAAAUUUUGGAGAUACCAGGUCCUGGAGACAACCAGCAGGUUGGAGACCUUCAUCAGACAGAAUUAGGCCCUUCUGGUGUUGGGUACCAAAUGAGUAUCAGUCAGAAUGGAACAGGCAAGGUGGUCAAGAAGCCAGCCUCUUCCAGUAGUGCCCCUCAGAGCAUCCCUAAGAGGACAGAUGUGAAGAGCCAGGAUGUUGCCAUUUCUCCUCAGCAGCAGCAGUGCUCAAAGAGUUAUGUGGACAGGCACAUGGAAUCUUUGAGUCAGUCCAAAAGCUUCCGUCGUCGGCACAACUCCUGGUCAUCUAGUAGCAGGCACCCAAACCAGGCAACUCCAAAGAAAAGUGGUUUAAAAAAUGGCCAGAUGAAGAAUAAAGAUGACGAGUGCUUUGGAGACGAUAUCGAGGAGCUCCCAGACACGGACUUUGACUUUGAGGGGAACCUGGCCCUGUUUGACAAGGCGGCUGUGUUUGAGGAGAUCGACACUUACGAGAGGAGAAGUGGCUCCCGUUCUCGGGGUGUCCCAAAUGAACGUCCUGCUAGGUACCGCCAUGAUGAAAACAUCCUGGAAUCGGAGCCGAUUGUGUACCGUAGGAUCACAGUACCACACAGCGUGAGCAAGGAGUUCUGCACGGACUCUGGCCUGGUAGUCCCAAGUGUUUCCUAUGAGCUACAUAAAAAGCUGUUGUCUGUGGCUGAGAAGCAUGGGCUGACCUUAGAGCGGAGACUUGAGAUGACUGGUGUGUGUGCCAGUCAGAUGGCGCUGACUCUCCUUGGAGGACCCAACAGGUUGAAUCCUAAGAAUGUCCACCAGAGGCCCACAGUAGCUCUCUUGUGCGGCCCCCAUGUGAAGGGGGCUCAGGGCAUCAGUUGUGGGAGGCACCUCGCCAACCAUGAUGUGCAAGUCAUCCUCUUCCUGCCCAACUUUGUCAAGAUGCUGGAGUCUAUUACCAACGAGCUGUCUCUCUUCAGCAAGACCCAAGGGCAGCAAGUGUCUAGCCUAAGAGAUCUCCCUGCUAGCCCUGUGGACCUGGUUAUCAACUGCCUGGAUUGUCCUGAGAAUGCCUUCCUGCGGGAUCAGCCCUGGUACAAGGCAGCUGUGGCCUGGGCCAACCAGAACCGGGCACCAGUGCUCAGCAUAGACCCUCCUGUGCAUGAAGUUGAACAGGGCAUUGAUGCCAAAUGGUCCCUGGCACUGGGCCUGCCUCUGCCACUCGGGGAGCACGCAGGCCGAGUCUAUUUGUGUGACAUUGGCAUUCCCCAGCAAGUCUUCCAGGAGUUAUCUCCAGCUCCAGGAAAGAGGCCAGAGGACUGGGAGCCUCAGCUGCACGACAGAACUUUAGCUUUUAAGCUGGACCUCUUUUUCUAAAGGCGGGGUUACAAUUGGGACAGCAGGCAGCCACUACAGGCUACUAGACACACAUAAGAUGGUAGAACUCUGGUCCUGAAGAUGGUUAGCAUUCGGCAGUUCUCCCUGCUCUUGGCCUGGACCUGCCUAGAGUUGAAAGUGUGUUACUCCUACCUGCAGCUCUUUUUGGAAGUUUCUGCUCAAUGGCUGGUUUCAGUCAGGUGGUCAUAUUUGUCACUAAUGCAUGCAGCUCUUGGGAAACCCAAAGCCAGCACAAUAAAGUGACAGAAACCUGUGCUAUCUAAACUGCUUCCUAGAGUGAAGUGCUGCUUCUCUAAUCCCUAGGAGCCUACCCUGAUCACUGGGUAUGUACAUAGAGACAUGGUGGCUGAGGCACAACUAGGUUCUAAUAGUGAGCUAUUGCCCUUUAAAUGAAAAUGCAAGAGCCUUUCCUUUCUAGGUCUGGCAAGUCUCCUGGGGCCAAAACUCUACUUAACCUUAGAGCAGUUGUUCUCAACCUUCCAAAUGCAGUGACCUUAAAACUGUUUUCAUUGCUACUUCAUAGCAGUUUACUAAUAUACAUCAUAAUGUAAAUGUUUUCCUAUGGUCUUAGGUGACCCCUGUGGAAGGUGGUUCAGUUCCCAAAGGGGUUGUCACCCAUAGAUUGAGAACCACUGCCCUAAAAGGGAUGUUCCAGCUUCUAGCUUAUUUAUUGGCUUGCCUUUCUGUGUCUGGCCCAAACCACACUUGGCUUUCCACAAGCUGAGCUGCUAAGAAAGACUUUAUUAAUAAGUCAGUCAGCGUAGGGAGAGGGCAAGGAGCCUGGAGAUGGACACACUGGUACCAGGGGGUUACAAACAGUAAGAAACACUUUAUUAUAACUUUACAACAUAUAAAUAGCUUGGGUCCAAUCUGUGCUUUCUGGCAGCCGGGCACCACAUUCCCCCUUCCCUUGCAGGCUCCUGCCUUCCUUCACAUUGCACUGUUCAUCGGUGGCUCUGGCUCUGAGGCCAGUGGGAGAGGCUGGAGAAAAGGGGCCAGCAGCCCAGUCCAGCUCUCCAACUCUUCGUGUGCUGGCCUGCACCUGUCAUCUGCUGGGGUUACGGCUGCUGUGGAAGGACCGCUCCUCAGGGGUCAGGCCAGCAAAGAAGGGGUGCAGCAAGGCUUCUGCCAAUGUGAUGCGCUGAGCAGGGUCGAACUCUAACAUCCUCCUCAUCAGGUCAAACAGCUGCACAUGCUCCAGGGAGUCCUGCAGCAUGUAACUCUGCUCAAGGACACAAGGUGCCUCAGUUGGACGGCAGGGUUGUGGGAAGCCACCGCAGUCCCCUUGCCUCUGGGAUGCCUUGCUGGGAUGGGUUGAGGAGGCAAUGAUGCCUCCUUGGAGGACUACUUCUGCCUUCCAGGACAGAACAGCCACUCAUUUCCUUUCAUGCUCAGAACUUAGGCUACUGGGUGGGAUCUUGCUGGGUUGGUACCUCUACCCCACAUGCAAAGUUCUGAUGGGUGGGUAGAAAUCACCUCUGCAAAAUGCACUUGUCCAGGUACCAAAUUACAGUUGACAGGCCUCCUUAGUCACAUCUAGGUCUUCCCUCCCCCUGCCUCAGUCCUGCCUAAUUCUUCCCAAAAUUCAGAGAAGAGAGAGGGACAGGAAAUAGCAGUCUGACAGUUGGCUCUUCUGUGUUUUUUCCCCCAUUAUAUUCUCAGCCACCCUGUGGACAGGGGCAGGGCUAAGAGCCCCUCAAGGCCAGCACGCAGAAAGCCUCACAGAGAACUGAGACGAUCAGGCAGCUAUUGGCUGCCCAUCCUGCCUCUGCUGCUUGUUUGCCCAAUGCCUGGGGUCUCCUUGGCAUGGGCUGAGCUGGGGGAGCCAGAAACUGACCUUCAGAGGUUUGCAGUUCUCCUUCACAUACCGCCCAUCAGAGCUGUUCUCAUCCCAAACCAGGCCCCCUUUGUAGAAAUAUUUCUGCUUCCUGGAAAGUCAAGGGGGAGAAGAAAGGGGAGUCAAGGAAUAGAAGCCCUUAGGGUCUAGGGUUAGGUGGGAAGUGGGAAAGGGUGGUCCCUGUCAGCCUUCAAGUAGCAGAACCGGGCCAGAAAAGAGGUGUGGGCCUGAUCUAGCAAGUGGGGGCAACGGCUUUUUACCAGAUUGGUUUGAGAGACAUACAGUAAAGGCUAUGUAGCAGCUUGGAGAACCAUCAAGUAUUUGGCAAGGGCAGUAUCUCUGGUACCCUGCUGACCCAGAGCCAUGGAGACUUCUUACCUGGUACGGUGGAUCAUGUGUGAUGGGAUGGGUCCUAGAAUCUUCUCCAUCAUAACCAAGUGUUCUCUAUUUUCAUGGGUCUGCAGAAGACCAGGGACAGAGCAAGUAGGAAUUAGGCCCAACCUCUGCACACUUUGGGAGAAUAAAAAGCAUGAGGAAAGGUCAAGAGCCCUCCCUUCUCCAGGAGAGGAAAAACCAACUUGGUGGCAGCCCAUAGGCCUGGAACUAGGGCCAGGCUCGGGCUCUUCGGCCCCACAGGUAGACCUGGCUGGCUAUUGGCAUACCAGGUUGGUUCUUCAUGCAAAAGGCUGCCUAUGAUAUGCCCUUGCCCAGACCGAAUCUUUCUGCACCCAGUCUUGUCCUUGAUAAAAUCCUUCCUACCUGC